UUUUUCUUUCGCGAUUACUAGAACUAGUAUGUGAGUCAGGGAACUUUAGUUUCAUUUCGAACUUCUGGGUUCUGUGGAACUGAAAAUCCCAAUUAUCGUGCUUUGUUUAUCUCCUCGAUAAACCCUAAUUCUCGAGAAGUGGAGUCGGGUAUGGGAACUCAGGAUGAGUUAAUGGCGGACGCGUCCGACUCUGCUCCCGGAAGAUCCAGAGCCCCUAGGUUGUUCAUCAAGGAAAUGGUUAUGAGAAAUUUCAAGUCUUACGCCGGCGAACAACGUGUUGGCCCUUUUCACAAGAGCUUUUCUGCAGUUGUUGGACCCAAUGGAAGUGGGAAAAGCAAUGUGAUAGAUGCAAUGCUGUUCGUAUUCGGAAAGCGAGCUAAGCAAAUGCGACUGAAUAAGGUGUCGGAGCUUAUUCAUAACUCUACCAAUCAUCAGAAUCUGGACAGUGCAGGGGUCUCUGUUCACUUCCAGGAGAUAAUUGAUCUGGAUGAUGGAACAUAUGAAGCUGUUCCAGGAAGUGAUUUUGUAAUAACUAGGGUGGCCUUUCGUGAUAAUUCCUCUAAAUAUUACAUCAAUGAUCGUACAAGCAAUUUUACCGAAGUUACAAAGAAACUAAAGGGGAAAGGAGUUGAUCUAGAUAACAACCGUUUUUUGAUCCUUCAGGGUGAAGUGGAACAGAUUUCAUUGAUGAAGCCAAAAGCUCAAGGACCCCAUGAUGAAGGCUUUCUUGAGUAUCUUGAGGACAUUAUUGGAACUAAUAAAUAUGUAGAAAGAAUUGAUGAGUCCUUUAAGGAGUUGGAAUCCCUCAAUGAGAAACGAUCUGGAGUGGUGCAAAUGGUUAAGUUGGCAGAGAAAGAAAGGGAUGGCUUGGAAGAUGUGAAAAACGAAGCAGAAGGAUACAUGCUGAAAGAGCUGUCACUUCUGAAAUGGCAAGAGAAAGCCACAGCAUUGGCUCAUGAAGGUACCAGUACAAAUAUGGUUGAGUUAAAAGAAAAAGUUGCCAGCUUGGAAGAAAAUUUAAAGACAGAAAGGGAGAAGAUUCGUGAAAGUAAUAAUAGAUUGAAGGAGAUUGAAUCUAAGCACAAUAAGCACAUGAAAAAUCAAGAGGAUCUUGAUAGUACUCUCAGAAAAUGUAAAGAAGAAUUUAAGCAGUUUGAAAGGGAGGACGUUAAAUAUCGAGAAGAUUUAAAGCACAUGAAGCAAAAGAUCAAGAAACUAACGGAUAAGCUUGAAAAGGAUUCAUCAAAGAUCGAAGACUUUCAAAAAGAGAGUGAGAACUCAGCAAAUUUGAUUCCAAAACUUGAGGAAAAUAUUCCAAAACUGCAAAAGCUCUUGGUGGAAGAGGAAAAAGUACUAGAGGAGAUUAAGGAGAAUUCAAAAGUUGAAACAGAGAGACACCGCUCCGAGCUUGCAAAAGUUCGUGCUGAAUUGGAACCUUGGGAAAAACAACUUAUUGAGCACAAGGGAAAACUUGAAGUUGCAUCUACUGAGAAUAAGCUUUUGAGUGAAAAGCAUGAAGCUGCUCAUGCAGCUUUUGAAGAUGCGCAAAAGCAGAUGGAAGACAUAUUGGGAGCUAUUGAAACAAAAACUGAGAGCAUCACAAAAAUUCAAAGUGAUCUUGAAAGGAGCAAACUUGAAGCAUUGGAAGCUCAUAAAGUGGAACAAGAAUGCAUCAAAGAGCAAGAAGAACUGAUUCCUCUUGAACAAGCAGCAAGACAGAAGGUUACAGAACUCAAGUCUGUUAUGGAUUCUGAAAAGAGUCAGGGAUCAGUUUUGAAAGCCAUUUUGCAGGCUAAGGAUUCUAACCGGAUACAGGGAAUAUAUGGUCGAAUGGGUGACUUGGGAGCUAUUGACGCAAAAUAUGAUGUCGCUAUAUCGACAGCUUGCCAUGGACUUGAUUACAUUGUGGUGGAGACAACUGGUGCAGCACAAGCAUGUGUCGAGCUACUACGGAGAGAGAAUCUCGGUGUCGCAACUUUCAUGAUUUUGGAAAAGCAAGUUGAUAAUUUACCAAAGUUGAAAGAGAAAGUGCACACUCCUGAGGGGGUACCACGUCUUUUUGAUUUAGUUAAAGUUCAAGAUGAACGAAUGAAGCUUGCUUUCUUUGCCGCCUUGGGGAACACCGUGGUUGCAAAAGAUCUUGACCAGGCAACUCGAAUUGCAUAUAGUGCAAACAAAGAAUUCCGAAGAGUUGUAACACUUGAUGGUGCAUUGUUUGAAAAAUCUGGUACUAUGAGUGGUGGAGGAAGUAAGCCACGUGGUGGUAAGAUGGGCACAUCUAUUCGAGCUGCCAGUGUGUCUGCAGAAGCUAUUGUAAGUGCUGAGAAGGAGCUCUCUACCAUGGUUGAAAAGUUAAAAAGCAUCCGUGAUAGAAUUUCUGAUGCAGUGCGGAGAUAUCAAGCUUUGGAGAAAGCAGUUACACACUUAGAGAUGGAAUUAGCUAAAACACAGAAAGAGAUUGACAGUCUCAAUACACAACAUAAUUAUCUCGAAAAGCAACGUGAUUCCCUGGAAGCUGCCUCACGACCAAAAAAGGUGGAGCUUAAUCGGCUUCAGGAGCUCAAGAAAAUGAUUUCUGCUGAAGAAAAGGAGAUUGAUAAACUCAUUCAAGGGUCUAAGAAGUUGAAGGAGAAGGCCUUGGAACUUCAGAACAAUAUAGAGAAUGCAGGUGGAGAAAGAUUAAAAUCCCAAAAGUCAAAGGUCAACAAGAUUCAGUCUGAUAUUGACAAAAAUAGUACCGACAUCAACCGUCACAAGGUUCAAAUAGAGACUGGCCAGAAAAUGAUAAAGAAGUUAACAAAGGUGAUUGAGGAAUCAAAGAUGGAGAUAGAAAGACUCACUCAGGAAAAGGAAAAACUGAGAGAUAAAUUUAAAGAAAUAGAACAGAAGGCUUUUGCCGUUCAAGAGAAUUAUAAGAAGACACAGGAGAUGAUUGAUCAACAUAAAGAUGUUUUGGAUGAAUCAAAAUCUGAGUAUAAUACAAUGAAAAAGACAGUGGAUGAAUUGCGAGCGUCAGAGGUAGAUGUAGACUAUAAAUUAAAAGACAUGAAGAAGCUGUACAAUGAGUUGGAACUAAAGGGGAAGGGAUAUAAGAAAAAGCUUGACGAAUUGGAAAGUGCUAUUGUAAAGCAUAUGGAACAAAUCCAGAAAGAUUUAGUGGAUCCUGAAAAGCUUCAAGCAACCUUGACAGAUGAAACUCUUCAUAAGGACUGUGAUCUUAAAAGAGCCCUUGAAACAGUCACAUUGCUGGAGGCACAACUAAAAGAAAUGAAUCCUAAUCUUGAUUCAAUUGCAGAGUAUCGAAGAAAGGUUUCGUUGUAUAAUGAACGAGUUGAGGACCUUAACACAGUCACUCAACAGCGUGAUGAUAUCAAGAAGCAGUAUGACGAAUGGAGAAAAAAGAGGUUAGAUGAGUUCAUGGCAGGAUUCAAUGCUAUAUCUUUAAAGUUGAAGGAAAUGUACCAGAUGAUCACGCUUGGAGGUGAUGCAGAACUUGAACUAGUGGACUCCUUGGAUCCUUUCUCUGAAGGUGUUGUUUUCAGUGUCAGACCACCAAAGAAGAGCUGGAAGAAUAUUGCAAACUUAUCUGGUGGUGAAAAGACUCUGAGCUCAUUAGCUCUUGUUUUUGCACUGCAUCACUACAAGCCUACACCACUUUAUGUAAUGGAUGAAAUUGAUGCUGCUUUGGAUUUCAAGAACGUUUCUAUAGUGGGACAUUACGUGAAGGACAGGACAAAGGAUGCACAGUUCAUAAUCAUAAGCCUUAGAAACAAUAUGUUUGAGCUGGCUGAUCGACUUGUGGGGAUAUACAAAACGGAUAAUUGCACAAAGAGCAUUACCAUCAACCCAGGGAGUUUUGUUGUCUGUGAAAAGGCUGCUUGAUGUGUUUGCGCAUUGCCUGGUAUGCAUGAAUCGCUCCGUGUGCUAUGAUCAAUUCAAUAUUUUUGUGCUUGUGUCUUUUUUACUUAUUUAUGUAUAUUUUGUUCUUCUUUGUCUAAUAUUGGUAUCAUACAUAUACCAAAUAUUUGUAAUAUGAACAGCGUAAGUGGUAGAUUGCAUGUUUUGUAUGUAGGCUCCUCAGGAGCUCUGUAAGUUUAUCGUGAUAUUAUAUAAACGUAUUUCUAUAUCAGAGUGGUAGUGUUGACAAUUGCAGUCUUUUAA